AUGGAUUCCAUUCCCAACAUUUCGCUUCUAGACGAAGAUGAUUUGCUGCUGUUCGAUGAUUCUGCAGCGGCCACCGCCGAUGUCUUCUCUUGCUCUCCUCUCAUACCGCUCAAAUCUAAUCCUCCUCACACAGAAGGUUGCGCUGCGGAUUUUGAAAAUCGAAGUUCAUCUGUUAAUGAAGGUGCGAACAAAGAGAAUGCUGAUUGGAACAAACAGCAGAAGCUUAGCCUGGAGCCUCAGCAAAUGAAGAGGAAGAAGAAAGGAGGCGGUUACAAUUUGCGCAAGAGUGUCUUGAAUCCGGUGGAGCUUUCUAUGAUUAGUGGCACUGCCUCUGCUAAGGCAGGGUUGAAUUUGGAAAUGAUUCACGAAGAAGAGUACGUAGGUACUUCAAUAAAGUUGCAGGAGAUUGAAGAAAAUUAUUUUAUGCAAUCAUCCUCUGUUCUUCCCGCUGUAGAUAGAAAGAUUGGUGCUACAGCCCGGUUUUCUCCAAAGCCUGCCGCAUUAGCCAAAGCUUCUCCGGUCCCAGUUUCCUUGGCCAAGAGGAAAAUCCUUACUGUCAAUGACUCCGUUGGUAACAGACCAAAACGCAAUGCUUGUCCUUCACGGCUGCCAGUAGCGUCGUCCUCAUAUCCUUGCCAUUGCUUACCUGACACAGUAAAAGCGCCGAGUAAAGAAGUGAAAGUCGCUACGACACGUGGUCCUAAGGUGGAUGUUUCUGCAAGUGCAACAACUUCCAGGAGUGGAAUGUUGACCGCAGGUUUCUCGAAUAGAAAUCAGAAUGCUAAUCCUGCCACUAAUGUUCAGAAGCAUUCUGGAGUAAAAGCCUUGUCAAAAAAUCCUAAAACUGUCCCAAGUAAUCCAAAAGUUGGUCCUGCUGAUAAAAGUUCAGUUACUAGAACACUAGCCAAGCAAGCUGGGAAACAUUUGGAUAACUCAGUUUCAGAAACACAUCCACCACCCGGAAUGCUUCAAUCAGGAACUGAAGCUAAUAAGGUGUCAGAAGCUUGUCUCCCGCAAGCCUUUUCUGACAUUGGUGAGAAAAAGCAGCUGAAACAGCUUCAAACCACAAAAUUGUCAGGCCUGCGGAUGCCAUCUCCCUCGUUGGGAUUCUUUUCUAUGGCAAAAGCUCCCAGUCCAUAUAGCCAAUUUCAGAAAAUUUCUAAACCUUCCAAACCAGCUAAGACUAACAUUCCUAAAUUACAGAAUUUAGAAACAAAUUCUGUUAAUGAUGCAAGCGUACAACAUGCACCUGGGAUAAGGUCAGAAAUUGUCAAAGGGGCAGCAAAGAAUUGCUCUGAGGAGUUAAGCCUUUUAGAUGUAAAGUCAGAACUGAGAAUGCAAGUGGAUAAUAAGCACAUAGCUGGUGUCAAAGUGGAAUAUAAUUCUCUGUGUUCUGAAAAUGUACACAAGGAAGAAAAGGUUGAAAAGAUUCUUCAACAUGUCAACAUAAAAUCUAAGGAACAAGGAGAACUGCAUAGACGUGAGAAUGUUUCUACCGUGGAGGAUGAGGUAUUCCCUAGACGUGAAAAGGAACUUCUUUCAGAGAGUCAUACCCUAGAGCAGUUGGAGAAAGAAGCUGUUCACCCUGAUGUUUUAUCAAAUGGGUAUCAAUCGGUAUUGCAGGAACCACAGUCUAUGCAGUAUCAUGGCAUACAGGGAACUUCAAUAGUGAAAGGUAGCAUUUCAAAUACAGUGCAAAAUGGUACGGGACAAGAUGAACGGACCAAACUACUCGUUUGUGAUGCUCAUACUUCCAAUGAAAGUUUGGUGCUACAGGCAAAGCACAGCACUUCUUUUAAGGAUAGUAGAUUUUCUGGAGAGUUCAAUGAAUAUAGUAGUGUCAAUACUGCACUUUUAAAUUCCAGUCCUAUUGAUUUUAGUGAAACUAUUUUGGAAGGAUCUAUGCAAGAAAUCACCUCUAAGAGGAACGCUGAACAGGUAAAUGGUGGUGCUUCUGAUUUUAUUAAAAGUGGAGGAGAAGCACAAGAGCAUUUAUUGAAUGGGAAUCUCUCAGUCAAUUGCAAUGAAAUCACUGAAAGUAAAUUAGAGGCAGUUAAUCAGCAGUUACACGGGGAACAACUCAAGAGUGAAAGUGAAUCUCAUGUAAAUAGUUGUCAGCUAGUUCAUAUGAGAACCUUAUCUUCCAAAUGUUCUCCUCAGAAAUCUAUAACAGAAAUCAAAUAUACUGCUGCAAGUGAACCAAAAAUAGCUAACAUUGAAGGCUGUCAGUUAUCAGUAGAUGGUCAGUCAGGUUUCAUUCAGACAAUACCAGUGUUGGAACAAUGUGAUAAGGUCAUUGUCUUAAAAGAAAUGGGUCAUAGCACUGAAGUGUUUCAAUUGGAUAGGUUGAGUGAAGAUCGCGCAACCGUUUCUGCAAUUACUUGCAAUACUGCGGUAGGCAAUGUUUCUAAGGAAAGCAGACAUUUUCAUGAGAAUAAUGUCCAGAAUAUCCACCUUACAUCCCAAGUAUUUCCAAUGAUAAAAGCUUAUUUUGUUUCCAGUGAAAAUGAAAUGUCAACUAACAACUGCUGUACGAUUUCUGAAUUGCAGCUUAGGGAUGAGGAUUCUUCUGGGGAUGCUUCUAUCAACUAUGAUGUUCCGUGUGAUGUCCCUGGAAACUUUGAACAACAAACUAGCAAGAUUACAUAUUCUAAAGAUAACAAAAUGCUUUUUGAAGAUGAUGUUAAUAAUAUACUGCACUUGAAUGGUGAUAAGCUGCCCACACAUGUUGCUCCUUCUCAAGAAAUCAAGAAUACAAAUUUAUUUGAGGGUGCAUUAUGUGAUAUCUCUACAAGCGAGCACAGUGCUUCCAAUAAUCAUAUUCGGGAUAUGCCUGAAAACAAAUAUGAAUAUCUUCGUAUGGAUGAUUUGCAAAUUGAUGAUGCAAAAGAAUGUUACUCUGACAUACUGCCUAUAGUUGAAUUUCAAUUCAAUGACAACACUCAGGCAAUGUCUGAAAACAAAGAUGGAAAUCUUGAUAUGGAUGAUGCCAAAGAAGGUUCUUCUGACAUAUUGCCUCUAGUUGAAGUUGAACUCAUUGACAACGCUGAGGCCAUGUCUGAAAACAAUGAUGGAAAUCUUGAUAUGGAUGAUGCAAAAGAAGGUUCUUCUGACAUAUUGCCUUUUGUUGAAGUUCAACUCAUUGACAACAUUCAGGCUAUUUCUGAAAACAAAGAUGGAAAUCUUGAUAUGGAUGAUUUGCGAAAGGAUGAUGCAAAAGGUUCUUCUGACAUAUUACCUUUCGUUGAAGUUCAACUCAUUGACCACAUUCAGGCUAUGUCUGAAAACAAAGACGGAAAUCAUGAUAUGAAUAAUGCAAAAGAAUGUUCUUCUGACAUAUUGCCUUUAGUUGAAGUUCAAUUCAUGGACAACAUUCAGACUAUUUCUGAAAACAAAGAUGGAAAUCUUGAUAUGGAUGAUUUGCGAAAGGAUGAUUUAAAAGAAGGUUUUUUUGACAUAUUGCCUUUAGUUGAAGUUCAAGGCAAUGACAUGAUAUCUUCUGAAUGCAAUUCUUCUUCAGAAGUGAACAAAGGUUCUUAUACAAAUGUAGUUGCCUGGAAAUCUGAGGAGCGUUGUUCUUUAAGUCAAAGUUCAAAUUUACCAGCUUCAGAUCAUCGAAACUUCAUACAAAGAAUCCCAAAGUUCCGUGAACUUAGUUUACUGAACAGGAAAAAUAUUUCAGAUGAAUCUGAAGUUAGUAUCCUUGAGAAAAAUGAGUGUCCUAAUACUGACGUGCAACAUCAGCAUGAAUCUGCGGCUAAAAGCAAGCAGGAAGUUCUUACAGGAAAGCUUGCACCAAAUGCUGCUCCAUUUACUGAUGAAUGGUUCACUGCAAUCAAAGCCGCUGGAGAGUUCAAUCAAAAUUCCCCACACGGAGAUUGGACAGAAACUGUUUCUGCAACUGCUUGUGAUACAGAGCUUCGAGAUGACGGUUCUUCUAGGGAUGCUUCUUUGCACUAUCAUGCUCAUUGUGAAGUACCAGGAAACAUUGAUCAACAAACUAGCAUGACUACAUAUUCUAAAGCUGAUGAAAUGCUUUGCGAGUAUAAGAAUUCAGAGCUAAAUAAUGAUUACUUGGUUGAUCAGACUGAAUUUUGUGAAGUAUCUGCAGAUUUCAUUUCAAACACCAAAGAUUCUAUUGAUAGUGGAGCAGAAAAGCCUUCCGGCCGUUCAGAACAUACACUAUUGGUUCAGUUUGUCCAAGAAUUUAAUCACACUACCAGAGAGAUUGAGGAAUCACAUUUGAUCACACAAGGGCAGUCACUUACUGAAAAUCCAGUGGCGUACAACUGCAACAGUAAACAAUGUCUUGAUGUUUCUGAUGAUAAGUUUCCAUUGGCCGAUAAUGACAAUAUAAAUGAAAAUUCUCAUCUUUCUGAUUUUCAAGGGCCUUGUGCUGUUGUUGGUAAAGACUCCCAGAAUGUUGAUAACAUACAGCACUCGGAUGGUGAUUGGCUGUCCACAAAUAUUGCUACUUCUGAGCAUGCAUUAGAAGGAUGUGAUAUCCAUACAGGUGAGCACAAUACUUCUAAUGACCAUAUUCAGGUUAUGCCUGAGAACGAAAAUGGAAAUCGUUAUGCGGAUGAAAGGGCUGAGCAUUUGCAAAUGGAUGAUGUGAAGAAAGGUUCUUUAGACAUAUUGCCAUUAGCUGAAGUUCAACUCAACAACAACGUUGCAUCUCCUGAAUGCAAUUCUUUUAUAGAAGUGAGUAAACGCUCCUUUACAGAUGUAGUUGAUUGGAAACCUGAGGACCAUUGUUCAGCUGAAAGUUCAAGCUUAACAACUUUAGAUAAUCUAACCCCCAACACAAGAAUCCAAAAUGUCUGUGAAAUUAGUUUGUUGAGCACUAAAACUUUUUCAGAAGAAGCUGAAACGAAUAUCUUUGUGAAAGAUGAGUUUCCUAAUACCGACAUGGAGCGCCAGUCAAAAGGUGACAUCUAUUUUGCAGAAGACAGCGACAAAAUAAACCAUUUGCAGGAAUCGUCAAAUGAAAGCGAGAAAGAAGUUCCUACAGUGAAGCCCCCGCCAAAUGCGGCUCCAUUUUCUGACGAAUGGUUAGCUGCAAUUGAAGCUGCUGGAGAGGAGAUGUUAACUAUGAAAAGUGGCGCGGUACAAAAUUCUCCCACAGACAAGCCUCAGCUCGAACCUGGUCCUUGGUCCCCGAAAGUUCGAAGACGUACGCAGGAAAGUGCUGCGCAUAUGGAAUUGCCAGUUACCACAAUUAUGCCUUCCUCUGAAGAUGCUCAUAAAUAA